GUAGUUGUGAUUUCGCCGCCGUUGAAUGACGGCGCAUCAACGCUGUUCGACUUAAAGCGACGUUUCUCAUAAAUACUCUCAGAAUUAAUUUCGCGAUUUCGUGAAUUCGUUUUCAUUUGGAUCUAUUUGGUUUUGACAAAUUUGAUUUUGGGAAGUUUUAAGCUGUGAAUUUGAUCAAACUUUUUUGUGGUAAUUUGAAAAGAAAACAUAUUGAAGCCAAAGAAAAAAAAUGAACUCACCAAUUCUUAUAUUCCAAACGACGUAGAAAACCAAUAACAGGAAUGCUUUAAAUUUCAAAUCUAACUUCUUAAACUCUGGACGAGAGGAAGACAAACAAAUAAAAAGAGUCGAUAGAAAUGCCUCCAACAAAACUCAUCCCAUCGAUUGUUUUAACUCUCACGAGCUGCACAGUUUUUUGUUCUCCGUUAGAUACGACUGAAAGUACGCAGAGAGAAGUGAGUAUCGAGGAGCAUGCUACCUCUUGUGAAAUAGUUUUCCGAGGUAACACUUUUCUACGAGAGAAUGACUUUUUAAGAAGAUCCAGAGAAGAGCAAAUGAUGACCUACUUUCGCGUUGUAAAUACUUAUAAGGGAGCGGAUGCUAUCGACGAUUUGAUUGCGAAUAAUAUGGGCUGUAUAAAUGUGACUCUACCGCGUUUGGAUAACUACAAAAGCAACCUUAAGAUUCCAAAAGAGUAUAUAAUUUUCUGUAAUUUGGAAAAUGGAGAGGUGAACGCUGUCGUUAUAGUGGAAUGGACAGAAAAUAAUGAUCUUCGAGUUUGGAGUGCCUUGGGUUGGAGUAGCUGGGGAGAAUGGUUAUCCUGUAGUGUCAGCUGUGGCGGAGGUAUCCAACAAAGGUCGAGGCGUUGCAGAAGAAAAAAUUGUCAUGGAUUUAAUGUAGAACAACGUCAUUGCAAUAUUUUCAGUUGCGAGAACAUCAUCAACCCGCUAUCCAAGGAUAGAAAUGGCAGAGAAGGACAUAAAUCUUUUCACCCUCCUAUGGAAAAAUGGGAAAGGGUUCCCGACCGACUGUCUGCCUGGCGUUUACAUCCAGAUUCUUACAUUUGGCUGCCCGCCAAGGAAAUUUUUCAACAAAAUGGAAAUCAAGCUUUCCCGAAAGACUUUUCGGUUUUACUCACCGUCAGGAUAAUUAAUUGCUCUUUAGGAACGAUCUUCAGUGUGCGUAGCCGCAGUCGACAGGACACUUAUCUGUCCUUAGAACUGACGUCACAGACGACGUCGUUGGAUUCUGUGGAAUCGGAAAAAUCUGGAGAAUUGAAGUUGAUCCACGCGUCGUCGUUGAACGGCACCGACGUCGUCAGAAUUCCUGCGAAUCUCGACGACGGUCAUUGGCACCAACUAGCUUUGAGUAUUCGAAACGAAAGCGUUAUAGAAGUUUACGUGGAUUGUGUUUGGUUGAAAACCGAAAUUUUAAGAUUCCACUCACUUCAUCUGCCGGACGAUUCCGAUCUCAUAAUAGGAUAUUUAUUUACGGGAGAUUUGGAGCAGCUAUCAAUAUUACCAGAUCCGAAGGCAGCUAAACUCCAAUGCGAAGACAUCAGAAUUCCUAUAACUGAUUUUCAAGAAAUAUUCAACAGAUUCAGCAGCAAAAAUUGAAAAUAUCUAACAAGUAUAUUGUAAUUUCUAUAAUAUUAUCAGUUGUCAUUUAUUAUAACUGUUAUAGAUUUUAUUUUAUAUGAUUUAAAUAUGAUUUAAAUUCAUUUUCAAUUUGGUUUAACAAUUAUUAAAUGUUAACAAAUACAUCAACUGAAUUUCAAUGUAAAAAAUUUGAUAGUAGGGGUGAAUAAUUUUAUAAAUUCUCUAAAUUUUUUAUAAAGAAUCUAAAUUGUUUGAGACAAUAUUAUAUUCGUGAUCAUUAACUGCACUAACAUCAUUUUCAACUGAACAAGAGAAAAAGCAAGUAAGAGGGUGAAAUAUACAAAGCAGUAUAAGAAAAUAUGUUAUGCUACAUAUCAAGUAUGUAUUUAUUAAAAACAAACAAAGAAGACAAAGGGAAAUGAGAGGCAUACAUGUCAAUUACUAUCAAUGACUAAAUUUUGUGUCUGAGAAGUGAUUUAAAAAUUCCCAACUUUAUGUUAUACUGCCAAGUGAUACAUAAAAACCUUCUUAACUAAGUUGGAAAUCCUAGAAAAUAUUUGUAGAUAUUCAUAUUAAACACGAUGUGGUUACCACCACUACAACAAUUUUCACAAUUACAGUCUGACGAGCGUUUCGAUAACCAAGUUAUCGUCUUCAGAAACUUGGUUUAUCUUCAGUCUCUGACGACGAUAACUUGAUCAUCUUCUUGUUUGUACAUAAGUCGCAAAAUAUAGUUGUCAUAAAAUUACGGCAGAUGGUGUAAACUAAAAAUUAUAUGUCGUAGAGGAAUCAAAGUGUUCUAAUUCCAUAGUUGUUUUUUUGUUUGUAGAAACGAUACAAUGAAAACAAGUGAGAGAAGAUUUAUACGAGACGUGUUUCUUCUAUGAACUAAAUAGUGUUUUUUCAUAGUCUUCAUUCUCAUUUCGUAUCGCUUCUCAUACGAAUUUCGUGAAGUAACGAACUUUUGUCAACAAAACCUUUUAACGCAAUGGGGGAGAGGUGAAUAUCUGCUUUAAUUUAACAGAAGGAAGGAAAAAUAUACUAAGGCAACAGUUUUCUUCAGAAAACAAGCACGUGACGGGAAGAGCUAAAAAAUCUCAUAAAAUUGAAUAAGGAAAUCAGAAGUUCUUCCACAGUAAUAUGACAAUAACAUUAUAUUUAAUAUUUUUAGAUCCAUUGCAUCUAUUCUUUAUCAGUUGCAAACUAAGACAUUAAAAAUGAUUAACAAAAGUGUUUCGGACUCAGGAUUUUCUCCUUCCUUUCAAACGUUUCUUUCGAACGUUGUUCAUUUGAAUUGUUAUAAUAGGCUUGGUAGGGCCUUAAAAAUUUCAGAUUUGAAUUCAUUCUAGCUCUUAGGCCCACUCUUUUGAAACUGCCAGUCAUAUAGCUUUGUGUUUCGUUGAAGAUUGCAGAUACAACUAAAGUUUUCUCAUGUGAUAUCACUUUCUCAGUAUUACUAUUCCAAACCUCCAACUGUUUAAAUGACACUAUUUUCACUUCAAGGAAAAACAAACCUCCACAUUAUGUAUGCAAGUGUUUUCACAAUGCUGCAGGGUUUUCAAAUUCCAAAAUUUUUGUUUCUAUCGAUGGGAUUACAUUAGUUUGGAGUGACAUAGACAGAUGAAUCCAAAACGGACCUAUUGGCUAUGGAAGGAAUAAAGCAAAAGUUAAUAAAGUACACAUUUGCCUAGAAAUUGCAGUGGCCUCAUUGAAAUUGCAUUUAAUGAGCUGGCUAGAUAAUCAGCGGUGCAGAUACUCGAGAUUCCUCUGCAUAGGAAACUCACGAGCAAUAAAAUCGUCGACCACCUUGAACAAACGUGAAACUAAUGGAUAUACUACAAAUAUAACAAAUAUUCAUGAUUGCAUAUGAAUUUUUUAUUUUAAAAAUAUUCUUAUGCUCAAUACAAUUCAGUUGUAUGAAAACGUUGAUUUCGCAAUUAUUUUUGAUUUACGGGAAUAAGAAGUCAUUGGGUGUCAGACAAGGACUAUACGGCGGAUGACUCAUCAAUUCAAUGUUUUUAUUGUUCAAAAACGUUUUUGUUUGAACUGAUAUGUAAGGAAUUGAUAAUGAUUCAUCUUCUGAGAUUGAUUUUCGACGCUGCUACUCUAAUCGAUCAGUGGCUACAAGUCCGGUUAUUCCUAAAGCACAGGCGACCAUUUCCUUCGAAGUGCUUCGUGCGCGAACAACUUUUGUUGGAUUCGGCUCGUCAUGGAAAACCCAUACAGUUAAUUGAUGAUAGUUUCGGGCUCCUAUGCAUUGACCCAUGAUUCGUUGCGUGUUACGACUUCGUUACGACUUCAUGGACGUUUUUUGAAGCAAUGCGAUAGAAUUUUCCAAUUUUUUGUAUUAGUCGACACGAGCUUUUUUGACCGAUUUUUAAAUUAUGCAGUAUCCAACGAGAACAAAUAUUUUUGUCAGCCUCAAUCUACUAGUAUGUGACGAUCUUGCAAUAUUAAUUUACGCACAGCUUGGAUGUAUUCUGACAUAGCAGCCAAUUUGGGGCGACCUUCAUGAAAUUCAUCCUGUAAUGAAGUGCGACCACGAUUUAAUUGGGAAAUGUAUCGAAACAUGAUGUUUCAAUAGUAUAUAUGACAACAUUCUUAAGACUUUCACCGUUAAAAUUGUCAAACUUUAUGAUGACAAUGUGAGAUUCGACAUAUUCAGUGCUGCUGUAUUUCAAAACUUCAGUAAUAUAUUGGUCACUGUUUCUGCUUAAGAAAAAUUUGGGAUAUUAUUGAAGUAUUUAACUGUACGAACAGCGAUAUCGAUAUUUUAUUACUAGAAAUGAGGCACUACUUCCAAUAUUUUUGAAGAAUAAUUAUUAUUUUAUUUUAACAGAAAAACAGUAUUUAUUUUAGAAAAUAACAGUUGACUAGAUACUGAAGUUGCCACGAUAGGCAAUUCGUUCAAAAUUAAAUUAUGAUAAUUAGGAUAAUAACCUCUUCAUGUCAUCCCACAUAUACAACGUAUUCAUUUUUGUAGAAGUAACAUUAUUAUGGCCUAUUUCUGUUUAGUCAAAAGGAGGCGAGCAAAAACUCAGUUUCGUUUUGCGCGCCUUUGAAUUUCAUAGCAACCGAAACACCAAAUAGAAAAAUCUACGCAUGUGAUUGAGAGAGAUAUAUAUUUAUGUGUGUUCAUAAAGAACGAUGUUACAUGGAUAUUUCAGAAGAAAUAGUAGCGAAUAAUUUUGGGAGAUAUUAGGAAACGUGAGGAUGUCGAUCUUGAAGAAGUAAUGACAUUUCUAAAAAGUGCAUAUGACUGAGCAGUUGCGGCUGAAGUUCAUCAGCAAUAGAUAAAAAGAUGUAAGUUGUUGCAUGUGGAUAUUUACGACGAGUCAUGCUUAGAUGGAACAGGUUAGAGGUGAAAAUGAAAGGGUUGUUAUUUCACGAAGAAUAGUUCCAAAGUAGGAGGUAGGUAGGUAGGAAAGGUUGUGCUCACCCUUUGAAAUUGUUGUAGUAUACAAGUUAUCGAAUAAUGCUGUUAUUUUCAGUGAGUUUGGGUUCUUCGUUGAGGAAUGAUGAAGUCCAAAGUUGACAAAAUGUUCAGUUUAUUGAUUAUAGUUUCAAAAUGUACCUGUUCAUUUUUCACAAAAAAUCAGUAUCUAACUUUCACAAUUUCAAUAAGAGAAAUAUUCAAGACUUCAUACGAAAGAAACUUAUUUGUUUGUUUACAAUUCUUACAAUUCUGUGGAAGAAAAUCAAUAAACAAAGGUUUGGCAUGUGGCCACCAGAUUUGAAUACAAAAAUAAAGUUUUAUUUGAUACGAAAUGAACAUACCUUUUGAAUCGUUUGACAAUACUUAUUUUGAUUAAAAAAACAUUUCUUGAGAUUACAAACUGGAGCACGUUUCAUGUCGCGUGAACAUAUCAAAAAGUGCUUAUCGUCUGCCAACUAACUAAAUGAAAAAUUAACAUGAACAUGUUUACCAACUUUGACUCUGUAUAAACCAAAAUAAUGUGAUGUUAUGAUAGGGUCAAGAUUGGGAUAGGUCGGGUCAGCUGUCAAUUUGAUCAAUUCUCAACAGAUAAUAUGAAAUUGUUAUGGCUGUGUUUGAAAAAAUUGGAAACGAGUUAAGAAGAGAACAAAGAAAAUUUGAUAGAUUAAAUUCAAAAAUAACAGAAAAUUAUGUAAACGUUGAAUCGAUAAAAUGUUUUGAAAUAAUUCUUCAUUAUUUGUACAAAAAUGAUAGAUUUUCCAUAAUUUUCUCAUAUAUCCAUUAUUUUCAAUUGUAUAUUAUAAGAAAUUUAGAUAAACACAACAUUAUAUAUACAGGGUGCUUCUAUAUCCACGCGACAAAAUUUAGGAGGUGAUGAUAAAAUUAGGUUUUUAUUUUUUUCCUAGAAUUUCAGUUAGAAACUUGAAAUUCUGCACUCACAAACGACGUACUACGGGUAUUUUUUCAAUAUUUCUGUUACGUUAUUAUAAAUUGAAAUUCUUGUUUUAUCUAAGAAUAUUUUUUAUUCCUGAAUUUUUUUCUAAGACCAAUUAACGCCAUAAUUUAUAAUAUUUCCAAUAAAUUGAGUGGAAAACAGAUUUAACAUGUAAUACGAUUCAUAAUAAAUACUGGAAAUAAAGACCUCUAGCUAACAUAUAUGUACGUAGCUUACGUUUCAUGGAUUGCUGUACACGUUUAUAAAGAAAAAAAGAAAUUUCAGUCACCACAUUCUAAGGGUUAUAUCCCGCAAAGGAAUAUGCUGAAAAAAAUUUGUUAUAGGAAGAACAUCUUAGUUCAAUUCGAGCAAUUACCUCUUGAAUAUUGUGCAUGAAUUUAAAAACACUCUGGAUAAGUUGAACAUUAUUUAUUUCUAAUAUAAAAUAUUUUAGUUCUCACACAAAUAAUUACGACAAUAAAUGAAAUAUUAUUGGGACGAAUGAUUAAUGAUGUGCUGGAAAGGUUUGAAAAAAUAGUCACGAUUUUAAUUAACAAAAAAAAUACUUUCCGAGCCACGUAUCUUUAUAAAUUGCGAUAGUCAUGGGUAUAUUAUAGUAAAAUAAUAGUUAUACAAAUAUUUUGUAAUGGUUUAAGAAAUAGAUUAUUGUAUAAUAAAUUAUAUGUAACUUUUAACAAUUGAAAUAUAAUUUUAUC